CUUCCUGUACUCCGCGAUCUCUAUGGUGACUGGCUGAUUGACGGCUGAGAGAGACGCGUCCAGCUCCGCUCAUGUUCGUUUAUUUAAGUUAGUUUAGUUUGAUUAAUUGGUGUAGUUAAUUAAGUUUACAGUGUUCAUCAUGGCGAAGACUGACGGCAGCUCGUUCUUCAGGAGGACCAGUGUGUUCUGGAUGCUGACGGUGAGCCUCGCGCUGGCCUUUUACACGUGGACGGUGUUCUGGCCGCGGGACGUCCCGUAUGGCAGUCUGGGGCCGUUGGGAGCUCUGGCCAAUUACAUGGUGGAGCAGCAUUACACAGUGAUGUAUUACGGCUGGUUCUUCACCUGGCUCAUCCACCUGUGUGAGGCUAUGUUUGCACUGAAGCUCUGCAGUGAUAAAGGCAUCUUCAGCUCCUCCGCUCGUCUGCUGUGGUUCGUUCAGACCUUCCUCUUUGGUUUUGCGUCUCUGGGUCUCCUGCUGAAGUAUAAACCUGACGGACGCCACAAACGCCACUGACACUGAUCCUGGAACAGCUUCAGCAGAUGAUCAUCACGCCUGAGGCCGUCUUCACCGCAGCUUUACCACAGUAAAUCAGUCUCUCAGUGAGGUAGAGCUAUGAGUAAUGCACAGAUUAACGGGGAAUACUUCUUCAUGUCUGCUGUUGGAGGCUGAUUUUAUGAAGAUAUUGAUAAUCAUAACUGCGAGUUUCUUAUUUAAUUGGGGAUUUUGAUGAAGAGUGAGUGAAAUAGUUCUGAAAUGACUGGAUUAUUACGGUUGUGUUGAUGAUUGGCUGCUCUGCUGGUGUUUAAAGGAGAGUUCACCUGAUGAACAGAAUAACAUCAUUACUUUAAUCAUUCUCUCUCACUGAGCUGCUCCUGUUGAACACUUCAAGAAGAUACUUUGAAGAAUGUUUAAAACCGGUUGCCAUUGACUACCACAGCAUGUGUUUCUCUUAGUCAAUUGGUUUCAGACAUUCUUCAGAAUAUCUCUCUUUGUGUUAAACAGAAGUAGGACUCUCAUAAAGGUUUCUACCCACUUCAGUGAGAGUAAAUAAUCCAUCUGUUUUGAUUUGAAGGUCUCUUUAAGUGAGUCUCACACACACACACACACACACACACACACACACACACACACACACACACACACACACACAGAGCUGUAUUUACAGCUGAGCAUCUCCUCAUCCUUCUCCUCAGCCGUGCUGUGACCUGUGCAGAACAUCAGACACUGCGUUUAUUAUCACAGAGGUGUAGAACAGCUGAAGAAUGAAUUAUUCACUCUCUUGGGAAAGUUUUAUGCGUUUUUAUGUAUUUCCCAAGUGCUGUUUAUCAUUGUUCACAGGAUUUCCUCUAAUAUUUUUCUGCUGGAGAGAGUCUGAUUGGCUGGAAUAUUCAAUAUUUAAUGUAAAAACUGCUGUGGUCAAUAUUAUUUGCCACCUUUAGAAAUAUUUUUGCAUUGAUUAUCUACAGAACAGAACACUGUUGUCUAAUGAUGUGCCUAAUAAACCUAAUUAAAGCUGAAUGCUGGUAUCUUCAGAGAAAUUAAAUCAGUUAUUAGAGAUGAGUUAUUAACACUAUUAUGAUCAGAAAUGUGUUGGAAAAUGUCUGAACAGGGUGAAUAAUUGUGUCUGCAACUGUAUUUAAAAUGUUCAUCUACUGUUUUAUUGCAUGAUCAGAAUCACCACAGAUUAAAUGAUGAUGACGUGUGUAAAACAUCUGAAAUGAAAA